AUGGAUUUGAUGAACUGUCGAAUCCAAAGUGCAAAUUCAUUGAAUUUGAAUACGAUUUUCGAAUUCACAAAGACAGCAUUGAGGUUUCAUAUCUUACCUAUUUUCACAUUUUAUUUGCUCAACAUCGGGCCAGAAACGUCCGCAUUUGGGAAUGAGCCACUCCCGAAAGGAGCGCUCAGAAACGAUGCACUGUCGAAACAAAAGGCUCCGAAGGCGCGCAACGUUAAACUUCGAAUUGGCUAUAGAAAUGGCUCAGAAUUUAUUUGUGUUACAGAGGCAAAUCUCAAAGCAAAUCCACGCAACGACAAUUACUUUGUGAAGAAUGUGAUAACGGAAAGGAAUCUGAAAGAUCUGAUUAAACAAAAUGAUAUUCUCAUAUUCCGAAUAACACUUCAAAUUGAACGAGACUNUGACACCAAUAGUGCAACUACAGAUCCGGACGAAGGGCGCAACAGAAAAACUUUAGAGGCAGUACUCAGUGGAAAGAAGACAGCGAAUUCGGAUUUCGUCUUCACGAGAGGUGAUUCGUCGACAAAUGACUCAACUGAGUAUUUCGUACACAAAUCACCACUUGCAUACACGUCAAUUUCGCUACAAUCAAUCUUCCGACAGAAAGUUUCGCUGCCGACCGAUCAAAUUCUCGUUGAAAGUAGCCAAGAUCGCAUCAUUUUUCCAUACCUUUCUGAGAGCGAUAUGAAAGUUUUAUUGACAUAUUUGUAUACCGAAAAAGUGAUUCUACCCGACUUCAACCGAUUCGCUCGUGUUGGGCGUGUGAUUUCGUUUCUCUUCGAUCGCUUCAGACUACUAAAAAUUUUCGAUAAGUGGCAACAACUCAUUAUCAAUGAUCUGGUUCAGGUGAGCGUUGCUGCUCUAGCCAACAAACAAAUGGCGAACGAGAACAAGAAAAAAGCUGAACAAGCAAUGAAAUCACUAAUCGCCAUAUACAGUGCUCCUUAUGGGGCACUACCAAUCGCAAAACGUGUCGCACUUUCAACAUUGGCCGAUCAGGAUUUCGAUCAGAUACUGCGCCAAGGCGAUGAAUUGGUUGAUGAGAUCAAAAAUGAUGAGCAAUUCAAAAAGUAUUCAAUUGAGCAUAUUCUCGAGUCGGCACUUAAACUGAAGACAUUAGUGGCUGAUGUCAAAAAAACAUCAGCUGAUUGA